UCAACGCGGCCGGCGUGAGGCCGGGGCUCCCAGAGGCCCCGUUGGGGGGUCGCGGUGAGAGGGAGGGGGAUGGCAAAGUAGGCUUGGGGACCAGCCCCGGGCCUCGGGGACCGCAGCACUGCUGAUGGUCUUCAGAACUCAGGGAUCAUGCUACAGCGUUUCUACCUGAGAAUUUGGGUUGGCUGGAAAUGCUGAGGCCCUCAGGAUAUGGCCCACCAUCUAAUUUAAAGACGCCGCAGAGAGGAUGAGGAGCGAUGAGCUGGCAGUGACCAUGGAAGAGACCCGUGGGCCUGACGAUGCUGAAGCGCAGGGCGGCCCGUGUCCGGGCCUGGCGCCAGCGCCUCCCGGCCGCCUGGGGGCGCCAUACUCCGAAGCCUGGGGGUAUUUUCACCUGGCCCCCGCACGCCCGGGACAGGCGUCGGGCCACUGGGCCACCUGCCGGCUGUGCGGCGAGCAGGUGAGCCGCGGCCCGGGCUUCCACGCUUGCACCCCGGCGCUGUGGAGGCACCUGAAGAGCGUGCACCGGCGGGAGCUGGAGAAGAGCGCCGCCGGCCGCUCGCCGCCGCCCGCCCCCGGCCCCGCUGUGGCCGCAUCGGCGGCCGCCGAGGGCGACUGGGCGCGCCUGCUGGAGCAGAUGGGCGCGCUGGCCGUACGUGGAAGCCUGCGCGAGCGCGAGCUGGCGCGGCGCGAGGCGGCGGUGGAGCAGGGCGAGCGCGCCCUGGAGCGGAGGCGCAGGGCCCUGCAGGAGGAGGAGCGCGCGGCGGCCCUGGUGCGGCGGGAGCUGCAGGCCGAGAGGGAGGCGCUGCAGGCGCGGCUGCGGGAAGUGACCCGACGUGAAGACGCCUUGGCCUUGGCCGCUGUCCCGCUGCAGACUGCGCUCAAAGAGGAGCCCGAGGGGGAGAGGGACGGCUACAUCAUCACGAAAGUCUUGCUGUAGGUUUUGGCCGCUCCCACAACCCCUUGCCAGCGCUACUUCAGGUGUGGCCCGUGUACCAGCGGCUUCAGCCUCACCUGGAAGCUGAAUCCCAAGCACUGCCUCUUGCUAAAUUGGAAGCGUCCAUAUGGGGCCUUGAAAAAAACACUUCGGAAGCCGGAACACAACCAAAAAUCACUCCCACUCUGCAGUCACCUGGGGUGCCUGGGGCGCAAGCUCCAGCGGCCUGCUCUGCUGUUGGCGGUUAGUGGGCAUCUGUGCAGGGGGCGGUUUUCCUCUGAUUGCCUUUGGCAAUGAGCACUCCAGCAGCCCCUUGAACCUAGAUGACUCGGAGCCAUGUACCUAGUGACUCUGAAAGGGCAGAAACUUCCUUACACACCAAAGAUUACCACACCAUGUGCCUGAACACCAGCCAUGGCAACCCUGGGUAGAGGGCCCAUGGAAACGAGGAUAAAGCCUUUUACCCAAAAAAGAGUUUUACUCAUUUCCUAAUGAGUAAAUCUUCAAUGAGCCGUCUUUGCCCAGCACCAAGUUCUGAAAAGCGGGCCACUUAGUUUCCACGACUGCUUUUUACCCUCAUCAUCUCUAGUGCCUCAGCAGGACAAACAGGAGAACCCGUUUACUCCCCUCCCAGCUUGCACCACAAUCUGGCCUCAGCCGUCUUCCUUCCAGUUUCAGACCCAGUGGAAGCUGUGGUCAGUCUCCGCACUUAAUGCCUCACAGUUGCCUCCUAUUAGCAAAACAUGACCUCGUCCUUCAUUGCUAGGAAGGGCUCUUCCUUCCCUUCCUGUCUCUACAGUUUUCACUUCUGGGUCAAAGCAGGCACCCCCCUAUCAGAGACAACCUCCUUCUCCUCCUGUGUUCAUCCAUUCCUUGCCCACCUCCACUGGGUCUUUGCUUGAGUACUUCCUUUCCUCUGUCUUAUUCCCUCCCUUUCCCCAGACUUCCUCUUCCUUAGAAAUGCCCGGCCUCCCAGUAUCCCCAGCCUGGAAGCUCUCAAGCGAACCACCAUCCAAGGAGGAUCAGGUAGUCCUUGCUGCCUAUACUUCCUCCCCAUUCUUGACUCCUUCACUCCAUGCUCAGUUUUCCAUGCUACACUGGAUUCUUAAGAAGCCUCUACAAUCUUCCAGUGGCCAAAUAUGACGGUUUAUUUUCAGCCUUCAUUUUGCUUAAUCUCUCGUUUGUUGAAAUUUCUCCUUUGGUAGAUGGAACUUGGCUUUCCUCCAGAGAAUGCCUUUUCCUAUGUACACUGGUUCCCAAAUGAUUAUUCUUCAGGCCUAUUUUUUUCUUAUUUUUUAUAUAUUGAAAAAUUUCAAGCAACCAGAAAAAGUUGAAAGGCUAGUAAAUGAAUCCCCAUAUAUACCCUCCACCUACAUUGAACAAUUAACAUUUUUUUCAUAUUUACGUUUUCUUCCCACCACUCCAUCCAUAGGGAUGACAUUUCAUCCCUAAGUGUUUCAGCAUGCAUCUCCUAAGAAUAUUUCAUUGUUUUACAUGAUUACAAUGCAAUUAUACCUAAGAAUAUAAACAAUUUCCUAAUACCCUCUAAUGUAGAGUUCUUAAUCAAAAUUCCUCAGUUGUCCCAAGAAUCUUUUUAUCUUUAAAAACAGGGUCCAAUCAAAGUUAUAUUACUUUUUACUAUAAUCCUUUAGAACAGCCCCCCUCACUAUUUUUUUCCCAUGACACUUGUUGAAGAGUCCCAGCCAUCUGUCUUAUGAUGUCCUCUAUCUGUAUUUGUCUGAUUGUUUCCUUAGGCCAAUUUCUGCACUUAUCUACCUGUACAGCUGCAAUCACCUCUGUGCCAGCGACUCCUGAAUACUUCCAGCCUUGAGUGUUCUCCCCUCCACCCCCAAUGUCUGUCCUUCAUGUCCAAUCUUCUGAUGAGUUUCUACCUCAUCCUGUCACUACUGAUGGGACAAAUCUUCAACUCUACAUCACCACCCCUAAUCUUUACUGGACUCUUAAAAUGUAUCAGAUACAUAUACACUUUACAUGUAUUAUCUCACUUUCUAAUAGUAGCUCCAUGGGGAGGCAUUACUAUGCACAUUUUACAGCUAAGGAAACUGACAGGAGUUAAGUAGCUUGUACAAGAUCACAGCUGGUAAAUAUUGAGUUGAGAUACAAAUCCAGUCUCUACCUCCAGGUGCCAGGCUCGUAGCUGCUGUACUGUCUCCCUUGUUAGUCACCUGGCUGACACCUGUUUCCUUCCUAACUCCAAUUUCAGGUAGAACCUUCAAUGAUAUUAACACACUAAGCAUUCACCAUGUGCCAAGGCCAUGGUAAAUGCUUUACAAGAAUAACUGCCUACCACACAACAACCUCAUAAUGUUAAGUGCUCUUAUACUCAUGUUGUAGAGGAAGAGACAGGCUCAGGGGAGCUAAAUGUCUUCAGGGUCACACAACUACUAAGAGGCAAAGUGGGACUUGAACUCCAGUGUCACUAAAUCCUAGGCCCCUCAUCUACUGAGUCUAUUUCUACAAAAUAUCACACCUGUCUUCCUACAGAUGCCACCUGUCAAGCGCAGGCCCCAUCUUAUCCUUCAUCUAGGGUUCAUCUUCCCAUCUUUGUUUGCCCCCACUGUCCCCUACCUGACACUCAGCCAAAAGAAAUUGUCCUGUGCCAAGGUUGAGUGUAUCACUUUUCCUGCUCAAAAGUCCCCCAUCUACAAGCUUUUACUUUGUGGCCUAACAUCCAAGUCCCCCCGCCCUGGGGCUGGUCUUAGUUGUCCCUCCCUAUAUAUGCUGUAUUCUCCAGCCAGUUUAGACUCCUUGUUCUUCCUGACAUGCCCUGGGCUUGGCUGGCGCCUCUAUGCCUCCCAUCCACUUAAAAAUUCCCUUCAAUCUCUGAGUAUGAAAAAUCCACUCAUUUUUCUAAGACCAUGCCCAAAUUUGACUCCCUGCAUGAAGCUUUCCUUGGUUCCUCCUCGUUUAUAGACAUGAUCACUUACUUCUCUGGACUCACAGCGUUUUGUAUCUGACAACUUAGAACAGGCCAUCUAGCAUAUGGCUAUGUGAGUUCUUGUCUCAUCUCUCUUGCCAAACCUUAAGGCCUUGGGGUUAGGGAUGGAGUUCACUCAUCCUUCUACUCCUGCAAUGCCUUGCAUAUAACUGCUUAAUAAAUAUUUGAGGCACCAAACACACUCAAUGUGUUUAAGAUUUUUACAAGUUAGUUGUCUCAUAAUCAUUAAUAUAACUAUUCAUUUAUCUUUAAUCCUGAGUAGAAUUCAUAACAGAAAAAAUAGCCUGUAAGGAAAUUGCAGUAAUAAUUUUUCAAGCUGUUUAGUCAAUAAAGAUUUAAUAAGUAUCAGUUAUUGGACUGUUUGGAUUGAAUCCAAUCAACUACUCUAGCAUGUCAUUAUCAGGAAUGUUUUUCUUAAAAGUAUGUUUUUCAUUACACAAGUAACACAAAUGCAAUGCCCCAAUCUGAAGAACAGCAGGUAAAAAUAACCCCCCACAGUCCCAACACCUUGGUGACUAGUAAUAUUUUAAUGAAUUUUAUUUGUCUCUUUUGCAAUUUUAACAUUAAUAAUGUUAUCUCUCAAAUACUGACAUUUAACUUCAUGUGGAUUUAUAAGUUGGGCUAUAAGAUCUGAAUUUGCACAUUUUAGAAGAAAGAAACUUUUACAAAUGUUACUCUUCUAUUUCACCAAUUGUUAGAACCAUUAAAAUAAGCAAUGAUUUCCUUUUAGAAUCUUAACCGCCCCCUCAAGAAAGAUGGCUGUUGGGAGCCCAAAUAAUCUGUUCAGGGCCAGGGAGAACAGUUAGCUUGACUGAUGUGUGAGUGCUGGUUUGGGGAGUUAAGGGAAGACGUUACUUUCUGUUUUAUACAGUAUUGCAUUGUUGUAACUUUUUAUACCAAACAUGAAUUACUUUUAUAAUAAAAAAUUACUUUUUGCAAACGAAGAAACUUCACCAUCAGCAUUCAGCUUCCUUAGUUAAUUCAAAAUAAGCAAAACCUCAAACACAGGGGCUGACAUAAUCCCCACUUCCAGAAAAGCCUUGAAAUAAAUGUAGCCCUUGUCGAGUCCUGCUCCAUCAUUUGACAGGAGAAAAAUGAGUCCCAGAGUGACUUGUCCACUAUUGGGAGAUAGCGGCUUUGAUGACUCACAUGACGCCAGCCUCCUCAACAGAUAUCCCACCUCCUUGGCCUUCAGUGCUCUGCUAGCUCUCUUGGUGAAGCACAAGGGCUAUCAGGACCAACCAGCAGAGCUGGGAUCUCCAUUUGUGCUAAGUGGUGGGGAUUUGAGAGUGCACAGGUGGAUUCCCAGGAUUGCUUCAUCCUCUCUGGCUGUGGCACAGCCUGUUCACCGAGUUGUCACUACUGAUGGCUGACAGUGACACACCUCACCUAUAUCACUAGGGCUUCCUGGAUUUAUGUACCUGGAUUUGCUAAUAACAGCAGCACCCAGGUGCUGCAUCUGAGAGCAACACGUGCACUGCAGUAGCAAUGUGGAAGCUGGAAUUGGGAUGCAGUCUGCCCUGAAUCCAACUCCUGAACUGCCAUGAUGUAAAGUGAUCAGUCACUUCUUUAAGUUGAAAUUUGGCAGGGAGAAGGGUGUGUGCAUAAAGCAGGGUAAUGACCAAGCUUGAAACAGCUAAGGCCCUUUAGGCACCUAAGUUAUCAUCUCUGGUGGCUGAAGAAGAGAAGGGUUUGGCUUGGUUUGGGCUGGGUUUCUAAGGUUCCAAGUCUUCAGUGUUUCCAAAGGGAUUCAGAAAAACUGGGCUUUUGUUUUGUUUUGCUGCCAUGGACUUAUCAAGGAAUUCUAUUUCUAAAGGUUUGAACUUACUACCUUUCUACAACCUGAAUCUGUUCCUUUGUUGGGAAAAUGGAUGAGGGCUCAUUAAGGGCCGCUUUGACUCUAUUAUGUUGUUACUACCUGAAAUACAGCAAAACAUAUAUCCA